AUGCCUUCAAACUACGAAAAGCUCUCCCGUCCUAGUGGCGAUACAACCACUCUCACCAUCCCCGAUAAGGCUGCUUCUACAACUCUUACCGUCAACGAGACUCCUCGCCUCAGCACGACAUCCACUCCCCAAACAGACAAACUCAACCCCUUCGACACCGACAUCGAAGCCAUGGUCACAAACACUCGCACAUCAGAAUCAAACAUCCACAAGACAAACAGCCCCGCCAGAAAGACAGACUGCCAAGUUUGGCCUGGAAAGGAUCACUGGAAGAAGCAGGCCAAGGCCGCAAAGGCAAAGAACCGCUGCACCUGCAUGGCUCAUCUCAGUCAACGCAAUCGCUGGAUCGUCAAGGGGAUGAUCAUCUUGCUCGUUGUCGGUAUCGCUGUUGGUGUUGGUUUCGGAGUCAGCAAGCCUCUCAACGCGCCGAUAUGGGGAGAUAAACAUGGCGACAAGAAGUGA